CUGAGGGCGGGCGGGCACAGUAUAGGGUUACAGUCCAUUUAUGGGCGCAGCGGAGGGCAGAUAUCAGUGUCGAUGGCAUUCGUUCCCAGCUAUUCUUAGGAGCCUCUCAGGAGCUCCACACAGCCCAGCCGGGCAGCAAGGCACGGAGCAGAGGCCGCCGGCGUCAGCGCCAGCAUGUCUUACAGCGUGACCCUGACGGGGCCUGGGCCCUGGGGCUUCCGCCUGCAGGGGGGCAAGGACUUCAACAUGCCGCUCACCAUCUCCCGGAUCACGCCGGGCAGCAAGGCCGCACAGUCCCAGCUCAGCCAGGGUGACCUUGUGGUGGCCAUUGACGGCGUCAACACAGAUACCAUGACCCACCUGGAGGCCCAGAACAAGAUCAAGUCUGCCAGCUACAACCUGAGUCUCACACUGCAGAAGUCGAAGCGCCCCAUUCCCAUCUCCACGGCAGCGCCCCCGGUCCAGUCCCCUCUGCCAGUGAUCCCCCACCAGAAGGACCCUGCUCUGGACACGAUCAGCAGCCUGGCAGCACCCAGCCCCCACCCCGAGGCGAGGGCCGGCCCGGGCACCCCAGGCACCCCGGAGCUCGGGCAGACCUUUAGCUCUUCCUUCUCUCAGACCUCCGUCUUCUCCUCACACAUGGAGGCCUCUGACCCCGGCCCUCCCCGGGGCAGCCCUGGGGCCAAGAUCAGCCUGGAGGGGGCCCUGGACUCACUCAGCCCGAAAGCCCCACUGGGCUCGAGCCAGCCAAGGCAGUAUAACAACCCCAUUGGCCUGUACUCGGCAGAGACCCUGAGGGAGAUGGCUCAGAUGUAUCAGAUGAGCCGCCGAGGGAAGGCCUCAGGUGCUGGACUCCUAGGAGGGAGCCUCCCUAUCAAAGACCUCACCGUAGACAGUGCCUCUCCCGUGUAUCAGGCUGUGAUUAAGAACCAGAACAAGCCGGAAGAUGAGGCCGACGAGUGGGCGCGCCGCUCCUCCAACCUACAGUCUCGCUCCUUCCGCAUCCUGGCCCAGAUGACGGGGACAGAAUACAUGCAAGACCCUGAUGAAGAAGCUUUGCGAAGGUCAAGCACCCCUAUUGAGCAUGCUCCAGUGUGCACCAGCCAGGCCGCCACCCCACUGCUGCCCGCUUCUGCCCAGUCGCCUGCUGCUGCCUCUCCCAGCACAGCCUCGCCACCCCCGGCCACAGCCGCUGCCCACGCUGCCACCGCCUCUGCCACAGCCCCUGCCUCAAGCCCUGCGGACAGUCCAAGGCCCCAGGCCUCUGCCUACAGUCCUGCUGUGGCCACCUCUCCAGCACCUGCUGCCCAUACAUACAGCGAGGCCCCAGCUGCCCCUGCACCCAAGCCCCGGGUUGUCACCACUGCCAGCAUCCGGCCUUCUGUCUACCAGCCAGUGCCUGCAUCUACCUACAGCCCAUCCCCGGGGGCCAAUUACAGUCCAACCCCCUACACGCCCUCCCCUGCCCCUGCCUACACCCCAUCCCCUACCCCUGCGUACACCCCUUCCCCCGCUCCCACCUAUUCCCCCUCCCCAGCACCAGCCUAUACCCCCUCGCCAGCCCCAAGCUAUAAUCCUACACCCUAUAGUGGGGGCCCUGCGGAGUCUGCCAGCCGUCCCCCAUGGGUGACAGACGACAGCUUCUCUCAGAAGUUUGCCCCUGGCAAGAGCACCACCACUGUCAGCAAGCAGAGUCUGCCCCGAGGGGCCCCUGCCUACACCCCGCCACCACCAGCUCCCCAGGUGUCCCCCCUUGCCAGGGGUACGGUCCAGAGGGCCGAGCGCUUCCCAGCCAGCAGCCGGACUCCGCUCUGUGGCCACUGCAACAGCAUCAUCCGGGGCCCCUUUCUGGUAGCCAUGGGCCGUUCCUGGCAUCCAGAAGAGUUCAACUGUGCCUACUGCAAGACCUCCCUGGCAGAUGUAUGCUUUGUGGAGGAGCAGAACAACGUGUACUGUGAGCGGUGUUAUGAGCAGUUCUUUGCCCCAGUCUGUGCCAAGUGUAACACCAAAAUCAUGGGGGAAGUGAUGCAUGCCUUGAGGCAGACGUGGCAUACCACCUGCUUCGUCUGUGCAGCCUGCAAGAAGCCCUUCGGGAACAGCCUCUUCCACAUGGAAGAUGGGGAGCCCUACUGUGAGAAAGACUACGUCAAUCUGUUCAGCACCAAGUGUCACGGCUGCGAUUUCCCUGUGGAGGCUGGUGACAAGUUUAUCGAAGCCCUGGGGCAUACCUGGCAUGACACCUGCUUCAUUUGCGCAGUCUGCCACGUGAAUCUUGAGGGGCAGCCAUUCUACUCCAAGAAGGACAAACCCCUGUGCAAGAAGCAUGCACACGCCAUCAACGUGUAGGGAACCCAGGGCAUCUGAUACGGACGGGCAGGGAGCUGCUCCUGCUGCUGGCAACAAACCAUUGAAGGAGGCUGAUGUUUCUUUUUUGGGGGGAAAGGGAGAAGACAGGAAGCGACUGAGCCCUUUUGAAGUAUAAUUUUAGUCCUUUCUUCUGCACACAGAUCGUGUAUUUGCAUAGUUCAGACUAGAAGCCAAAUGAAGAUUCCUGAACCAAGCUAGUAAUUAAUCCAAGACUGGAAUUGUACUUCAAACGUUGAAGACAGAAUUCCAGGAACUCAAAAGUGAAAAAGAAAAAGUCACUUUCCCAAAGCAAUACACUUCCCUGAGGUCACCAGAGCAGGGACAGAGCUCAGAGCAGUUAUGGAGAAUCUGAAGCUUUCUGUGGAGUUCUUUAGAGCUCCUCUGACAAACAAAAUGAAGUGCCAAACAGUUCUCACUGCAGGGUAUUUUUAGAGCCAUAGCUGAGAGCUUGUUAGCUAAGACCGAUUGGGCCUUCCUCACCAAAAAAGGAAGUGUUAUUCCAUUCCUCGCGUCAUGGAGCUACCUCGGCGCAUUAGACUUCAGACCUUGCACGGGCUUGAACAUUCUCACGGGAGCCCAGACAUUGGAGGGAUGUCUUCUGGAAGCCUCUGGGCAAUCGACAGGGCUUCGGGAAAGGAUCGGGCUCACGCUGCAGACAGCUGAGGGAAAGAAAGGCUCUUCUGCCACUCUCUUUUAGCCUGAAACAGCCAAUGUCCCCAGAAAGCUUAGCUUCUUUUUGACUUGUGGUGGGCAAGUGGAAUUGGGUUUUUCUCCAGUUUUGCUUUGCUGUGUGUGAGAGAUUGCACAAUAACUUUGGGCUGUGUUUGGCCCCUAUUUGGCUUCAUGAGGUUCAUUAGCAUGAAUGUCUAGUCUUGUGCAUGUAUUUCACUCCCAAUCCUAUGAGUGCUCACUGCUGAAGUCCUCUUCAACAUCCCUUCCCUCAAUAGGCUUAAUGACCUGCAGAAAAGAAGAGAGACAGUGUUUGAAACAGGAUGGCAGAACAGGCUGAGAACAUGCCCUAACUCCAGGUGGGAAAGAGAAACCUUCCUUUCUGCCAGCCGUAGUUAAGAACACUCGAGCUGGCAGGACCUCCCACUUCAGAGCUGCUCCAUCAUUCUUGUGUCUUCCUUUAAAUGCAGCACAUUGAUUAUAUACAAUUGUGUUGCCUGCUGGAAGGGAAAGAUGGCCUGAUAUAGACACGUCUGCCAUUUUGGCUAGUAUUUUGAAAAAAGUAUGAGCUGAGUUGACCUAGCAAUUGUUUAAGCAUUUAUUGAAAUAGACUUGGAUCUUCAAACUUCUUUAAAGUAUUAGUGAUAGUUUGAGUUAAGUAAGCAUUUUAAAGCUGUUUGGUGAUAAAGAGAGAAGCUUAGUUUUUGAGGUUGGAAAUGGUUAUCGUCUCUCCCUUUUAGGAAGCGCUCACUGAACGCGGCAUCAAAGGAGGCGGUUUGAGUGGAUGUUUCUCACUUGAGCACAAUAUUUAGGCCAUCUUCCAAUCACCGCUACCCUCUCCUCACUCCUGUUUUGGAUUUUCUCUUUGCACGUUUGAAAUGUUUAUGAGAAUGCAUUAGACUACUUUUUCUUCUGAGAACUGAGGCUUCCAGGGGACUGCCUUUCUACCUGAGGGAGAAAGAAGCAGCUAGAUAUGUCUCUAACAGAAGGCCCGUGUUUUUUUUUUUCUAAGAGUGAAGCCACUCAACGUCCCCCAGGGAACACCAGGAGGGAGGUAAAUGUGCUCCUACCACAGGGCCCUUCUUUAGCUUUGGUGCAGGGAGAAAGUGAAUAUAAAGCACCAGGCAGAGUAACAUCUGCAGGGAGUGCCUGGAGAUUUUUCAGGAGUUGCAAGCAAGCAUUCUGUUAUUUUUGGAAAGUUCAAAUACACAGGGACAAGGAGGUUGCUGACUGUACAGAAAGGCUCUAGGCAGAUUUUCUUAAAAAACAACAACAAAAAAAAACUAUUCAAUUAUCAGGGACUGGUGUCAAGGAAAGGGAAUAAAGUUCCCUAGAGUUUUUUCCCGAAAAAUAUCAUUUAAAAGAUUUUACACAUACACACAGACAAGUGUGGCCAUUAAAAAGCAUAUGAUCAUUAAAAAGAAAAGUGAAAUCUCAAAGGUGAGCUUCAUCAUAGUCAUUUAUUGAAGCAGUUUUUCUACAUUUCACAGCUAGUGUAUAUUCUGAGGGACUCUUAUUUACCAAAACCCAAAAUCAACAAAAAAACAUUUUAAAGGUAGCAGGAAAAGGAGGUGAUUUUUAAUAUGGUUCCCUCAGUGUUUUUAAGUUUGGCAUAGUGUUGGGUUAAGGUUGUAGCUACUUCAGAUUAACAUCAUGGAUGUCCUACAACACCAAACACAAGUUUUAAUAGUUCACGGUGAGGAGUACACUUUGGAUCUACAGUUCUUGUUUCCUCAUUGUUGACAUUUAUUUAACAUUUAUAAACAUUAACUUUUUGCAACUGAGUAACUUAUGUCUGCAGUGUUUGUGUUAGGAAUCUAGCUUUUAUAAUGUUAACUUUUCAACCCAAGUACUCUUGCUUUGGGAUUUUUAAUUUUAACAUUUCAGAAGUGGAAUAUAGUGUGGUAAAAGUGUGCACAAAAAUGUUUUGCAUGGUUUUUUGGUUUUGGCCUGUGUGAAUUCUUUUUAGCAAAAUAAAACCCCAAACGGAUGUGCAAAUACA